AUGCGGCCUCAACACCGCGACGAGUUUGAAAUUGCCAUUAUCUGCAGCUUAUCCUGUGAAGCUGAGGCAAUCGAGGCAUCGCUGGACGAGGUCUACGACCGAUUCGGUGAGAUCUACGAUAAGGAACCCGAGGAUCGCAAUACCUAUAUAAACGGACGCAUUGGCAAGCACAAUGUGGUUUUAUGUCAGGCGCCAGAGGCGGGGAAAUGCAGCUCAGCGAGCGUAGCUUCGAGCCUGAUGUUCAGUUACACGGGUGUCCAGCUCGCCUUGGUCGUGGGGGUAUGCGGCGGUGUUCCGUCGCCGUCCUGCAGUGAGAGAAAUAUCUUCCUAGGAGACAUUGUCAUUGCGGAUAGUGUGAUUGAAUUUGAUCUUGGAGAGCAGUGUCCUUGGGGAUUCCAGCGGACAACGGGCGUUAAGGAUGUCCUUGGAAGGCCGAACAGGGCAAUACGAACUCUCUUAAAUGCUCUAUCGACGGAUGGAAACUGCAAGCUAACGGAGGAGGAGAGUGCUGGUUUUUUGGAAGAGCUACAGUCUCGAGGAUGUCCAAAGUGGCAGUAUCCCGGGGCAUCAAAGGAUAUCCUUUUUUCGUCUGCAUAUCGACACCAGCAUCGCCGACGGUCAGAAUCUCUCGAGUAUGUUUGCAUUAACAGCGUAUCUGAGAAUACGCUCUGUGGAGACGCACUGGAGGGAGAAUGCCAUAUCCUUGGAUGCGAUGAGCAACAAGUCCAUCGCCGCAGAUCCGGCGAAAAGACAGUCAAGCCUGCAAUUCAUAUUGGGAUGAUCGCAUCAGGGGACACGGUAAUGAGGUCGGGAGAACAUCGUGACCGGAUUGCGGAGACGGAGGAGGUAAUUGCUUUUGAGACCAUCGGAGCAGGCGUGUGGGAUACACUUCCCUGUGUGAUAAUCAACGGCGUAUCCCACUAUGCUGAUGGCCAUGAGAAUAAAGUAUGGCAAAACUAUGCUGCAGCAAUAGCUGCCUCUGGUGCUAAAGCGUUUCUGCAGUACUGGGCACCGAGUGCGAAAGCUAAAUCUCGACGGGCCCAAAGUAUCCAUUCAAGAGUGCCAGUGCUUCAAACGGUCUUUACAGGUCGAGAGAUGGAAAUGAAUGAGAUGAAAGAAGAACUGGGGGACCCCAGGCAGGGAAGAAAAGGGGUAGUGCUCCGGGGACUUAGUGGAUACGGAAAAACGCAGUUGGCCGUCCAUUACAUUUCUGUGAAAAGAACGCUGUAUGACUCCAUAUUGUGGAUCGAUUGUUCGUCUUGGGACGCUAUCCAUGAAUCCUUCUCUCAAAUAUGGCGGAAGAUACGAGGAUGCAUGGACGACGAGGCAUCCCCAAUUGAGCCGGUGUUGGAGUGGCUGGAGCAAGAAACAAAUCCGGCUUGGAUCAUGGUGUUUGACGGAGUCGAGAUGCCGGAUACUUCAACAGCUACGAAUAUCGACAUUAGGAAAUAUUUCCCCUCAUGCAAUCAUGGGCAUGUCCUGUUGACAACCGUAUCGCCGUACUUGCACUCUCGGCUGGGCUAUCGAGGCAUACGGGUACGAGGUGUGGACGAGGACGCAGGUGCUCACAUACUACUACGUUGCGCAGGCGUUGAAGAACCAGACUCUCCAGCUGUGCAAACAGCCAAGGCAAUUUCUCGCAAAGUUGGCGGAGUGCCUCUUGCCUUGGAACAAGCGGGAUCCUUCCUACGAUGUGGAUUAUAUUCCUUGCACGAGUUCAAUCGGAGGUUUCAAGAAGAGUUCGCCAAGUCGACCUUCAAAACACCGCUAUUUAAUUUCAUCGGAGCAUACGAAAAGGGACAUACGUUGUGGACGGCAUUGGAAAAGAUGUACAAUGAUGCAGGCCAGCGAAGUCCCGAUUCGAUCAAGCUGCUCCAUCUGGCUGUGUUCCUUGGCCCCGGACUAAUACCGUCCUCUCUGAUCUCGUACCCACCAGUUGAUGAUAACAAGUCCUCGGUGUUAUUCAACUCAUUGUGUGUAUUGGAAUCGGCUGAUACGUCGUGGUUGAGAAUCAUAAACCGGCUAAACAGCCUACGGUCACGGGUGACUGAUUUCGCAAAUGCGCUUCGAGCUCUGGAGGAUUCCGGCCUUGUAAGCCUCAAUCGCAAGCGAUCAGAUUCUGUGAUUGAGAGCUUUGAAAUCGAUGCUGUGGUCCGUUCCUUCGUUCGACUGAAACUGUCUUGCUAUAAUCUGCGGGACAAUGCAGCCGUUGCCUUUCUUCUCAAUGGACAGUCAUGUGCCAGUAUAGACGCACAAUCUCUGCUGGAAAUACCUCAGGAGCAUCUGGGCCGCUUGAGCACCGUUCUUGACGAUUUUAUGUCAUUGAUGCCGCCAGAGAUGAUUCAAGCUCCUCAUGGCAAGUAUUUCAGGCUUUGUGGCUCUGUUGCGUCAGUAUACGCACGAGUAAGUCGACUGAAUGGGAACUAUGAGACAUCCAAGCGUUUGUGGGUGCUGGCACUGCAGUAUAUAGCUUUGUCACAGGGAGCAGGAUCGCCUGCAAGUGGAGCGAAGCUGGAGGAGAUUAACGCAGCUGCAGACACUCUUGUGGUUGUAGACGAAAGUUCCGUCGAGGGAGCCUGGAAGCAAGCCUGCGCGAGUGUCACAUUGUCUCUGGCAGCGCGUGUAAGAAAGGCGGUUUUGAGAAGCAGAGCAUUACGACAUGACCUUGUGACUGGACCUACGUCCUCAUCAGGUGAAAUCGAGGAAGUUCUGAAGGAUUUACAAGGUGAUUUUACCUAG